AUGAGUUAUUUUAAUAUUUUUAUUUCAAUAUUUUUAUUGCUGGUAAUAUUUUUAUCUAUCUAUCUAUCUAUCUAUCUAUCUAUCUAUCUAUCUAUCUCAAUUUUUAUUGCUGGUAAUAUUUCUAUCUAUCUAUCUAUCUAUCUAUCUAUCUAUCUAUCUAUCUAUCUAUCUAUUGGUUUGAUUUUUAUUGCUGGUAAUAUUUUUAUCUAUCUAUCUAUCUAUCUAUCUAUCUAUCUCAUCUAUAUAUUAGUUUGCAUCGUUAUGCACCGACAGGCGGCCACGGGCAGUACGCCACACCCAGUCAGGUCCGCCGCCACGCGGGAGACGCCAGUCCCAACAUCGGGUCUUCCCAAGAUGAGAGACAGAAUACUCACAACUACCGUGGUAGACAUCGACCACAACCUAAGUUCCAUCACAGCAAAACAAUCAUUCCAUGGAACUGCUAUUUCCAUCAUGCAACACCCUGCGUUCCCUGGGGCCUGCAUUGAUCACAGCAUCAGUAUCCUCAGAGGACCGAAUGUAAGAGGCAUCAACACAGUUGACCGUUUGCCUCACUACCAUACAGAUGUACCAUCUGUCAUCGAGAGCAUCAAGAACACUCCUGUGCCGGCUUACCAGUGUGACAUCCCUGAGAAGCAACAGCGGUUUCAAGCAACAAGCUGA